AAUAUAUGGUGUUUGUACCUCGAUCUAACCUGGGAGGUCCAAGCAGACACCAAUAUGUUUUUAUCAUUAUAAGCAACUCUACGUCCCGAACGAGGUGACGGAGGUCGACUAUGACCUCUACAUCGACCGUGAAUGCAAGACGAUACGGACAUCGUCGUUCACGCGAACCGCGCCGCAAGUUGGAGGAAGGGCGACGUGGUGGCUGGCGAGGUCCGGCGCGCAAGUCUUAUACGAAGGCAAUAGAAAGCCCCGUACUCCACGCACGGCAAUCGCUAGAAAAGACAGAAAUUCCUCCGCGGCUGACCGGUCCCGAGUUCCGACGCCCCCGCGCUCGGCAGUUCGUGAUGUUUCGCUGCGAGCGAAGUUUAUUGUUCUCGUGGGCCCUGUCGCGUUUCCCAUCGUCGUCGUACAGCUCGUUAACGCCAAGGAGAGAGAUGAUGUAUCAAACCAUGGCUUCGGGCGAGCGAGCGAGAAGAGGAGAGACUCGGUCGGUUGAAAAGCUUGACCGAAGGGGAUGGUGUUGCGUUUACCAUCGUCGUGCGGAUAGCUGGGGCCAAGGUUCAAUGAUUUAGAGAACGAUAUUCGGGUGAGC